AUGAAGGAGGAGGUAAUCCCCGCUCCCACAGCCGCCCUCUCCCCCUUCCGAGUCCUCUUCUCCGACAGAGAACAGGAGAUUGAAGUCGGGAGAGUCGUUAUCGACCACGGUUUCGUGUUCGAGAAGCUUCAAUUGGUCGUCGGCGACAUGGUUGGGGUUUCUCCCGAUAGGAUCGCGCUGUUCCUCCUCAACCAGAGGAAGGCCAGUCCCGGGCGGCCGCAGGCGGAGAUCCGGAGGAAGACGCCGAUCGAGGAGGGGACCGAUUUCGCCAGGAUUGCGCGAGAGAAGGACGGCGCGAUUAUCGUCCAACUGAAGAGGUCCAGGAGGGAGAGGCGCGGCCGGAGCCGCCGGGACCAUGUGGUGGUCCCGGAGGUGGCCAUUCUGCGGCGGCCAGUCGAAUCGAAGCAGCGCAGCGCCGAGGCGCAGUCGAUUGCGUUGGAGUCAGCAGCGGACGGAUCGGGAGUCGUGCGGCUGCUCAACUACGAGAUCAUGAAGAACCUGCAGAGGCAGAGGUAUCACCUUCUCUCUUCCUCCGCCGCGUCGCACUUCCCCCAGGCAACCGUCUGCGCCAUCUGCUCUUCAACGGCGGUGAAGAAACCGGUCCCCUUCCACUGGUGCGUUCACGACAGGGUGAUCUCCGAAGCUUUCCGCUCCACCGCCGGCCCCAUCCAGCGCCCUCCCAAGCGCACCGUCGUUCAGGCUUCCGCAUAG